AUUGCAUUUGGCAGAUGUAGCUUCGUAAAAAUAGAUAAAACAAUAAAUAAUGUUGAUUGUACUCGUCUGGCACAUGGAGAAACCCGCUCAUUUGCAGCUUCACUGCCUUUAGAAAUGGUAAAUUACCCGAAGCGGCUGCUAUGGCAACACUAGUAAACAGUAGGUGCUUUUUCUUGUGUUUCAUUUCCUUCCAUAGAGUGUCCUGGCAUCGAUAGAACAUACAAAUACGAAAGAAUAAAGGAAGUGGAAGCUUCGUUAGUCAGUAAAGACGGAGGAGGUGGAAGAAACGAAACAAACAUGUCCAAUGCAAUAGGAAAGAGCGACGGAACCUUAGGCAGGAACAGAGGCAGUGUGACAGCCGCGGAACUCAAGAGAAUGUGUCCGCAACAGAGGGCUCGGUACCUGGCGUAUGAGGAGCCGUCCAAGGAAGUGCAGAAGGUGAUGUCUGUGACGAAUCAGCGGUUGUGUGCCAGAAAAGCCGAGGCCAGGAAAAAUCAAGAAACGGCUCAAAAUGAGGAUUUGGAGAAGAAGCGGCAAGACACGCUGAUAGGCCAAUUGAAGGCCGCGGAGGCUCGGAAUAGAAUUCGACACAUGAGACUGCGGUAUCAGAACAGGAGGGCGCAGGAAAUUAAUUUAAUGAUUGCAUGCCAGCCCACUGCACUGAAGGCCGUUCGUUUGGAGAUGCUUCUACCCACUAAAGUGAGCCAGUUAAGGGGCUGUGAUAGCUUGGAUAGACUGGAGAGGAGAAGAAUUGAAGAGAUCCUGGAGGAUGAGAAGGGGCUGACAAUAAAUCGAGUUUGAAUACUUUGAGACUUAAACCAUUACUGCAAGGUUAUUGUAGGAACAGCAACACAGUCAGACUGAAUUUCUUGAAGUGGAGCUGCAUUGUCUUGAAAAACCUGCUCAUCUCUCUUGGUUCCCAAGCAUGCUUCUGUUUAAAGACCUCAUUUGUUUUUAGCAAUGUAACAAUUCAGACAGAACCCAGGAUCUUGAGCGUGUCCUGCCAUAUUACAUUCACUUGGAAGUUGCUUCAGAUUCUACAUCUGAAAAAUAAGAGUGGCCAUACUUUGUCAAGAUACUUUUUAGCAUGCAUCAGAUUUCUCACUGAAUUGCUAGAAAUAAAAUGAAAAACUACUGGACUUUUUCUUUCUCAUUUUUAGCAAACCAGUGAACCUGAAAUUAUCCACGUCCAUCUACAUCAAACGUCAUUUUUAUAAUUGAAGACAAAUUAAUAUUUAAGCCUACAGCUGCUUUUCUUGUGGUUUUUGCAGUAAAAAUUGGUUGUUUUUUCUCCUUUCUGCUUGAAAAAGAACAAUAAUGUUGAACAAAUAGUCAUGUGCUCAGAUUCAUUAGGGUGAUAUUACUUUAUAGCAGCAGACUUGUACUUCUGAGCAUGUAUAUUUAGUGUCCAGUUGGAUAUAAAAUGUUUAUCCAUAACCCCUAGCCUACAGUGCAAUUACAUGUUUAGGAUUGUUCAAGACAGUGUGCAGAUAUCUAGACAGUUAUCUAGUUAGUUAUCCAGCAAGUCCUGAAAAUGUUGUGACCACAAAGUCUGUUUAAUCAGUUUUCAAACAACAAAGGAAAAAUUGCUUGGGGGAAAUAAGUGCACAUUAUAUUUGGUACCCAGCCUUGUCUGUGGUCCACUGAUAAAUUAUCCUUUCUACCUAAAGCCAUUCAAAUGCCUGCAAUUUCAAGAUGGUUUUGGCCAAAGCAACUUACAAAUGUACAUUUCACAUAGUAUGCAAACGUACCACAAGAGCUAGAGAUAAAAGUUACAAUCAGAUCAGUGCCAUUGUCAAGGUGCAUGCUUCAAGAACUGUGAGAUUAAAGGGUGAGACACACAGAAGUAUACUGUAAAAAAUUUUGAUUGUUUAAACAUUUUAAUUCUUUCAUAUGUAUUGGGGUAAUUCCACGAUCAGGUGAUCAGGGCAGAGAAGCCAUAAAGCAGCAGACAGUGGCUGCCAGAUGCUUGAAGAGACGUGACAACUAGCUGGCAAGAGAGGUCUGGUUGGAGUGUAUAGUGUAAUCAUUGUCUGAAAAUAGGAAAGGACAGUACUAUUUGCAGCUUGUUAUGCCAGAGUGAGAGAUCUGAAUUGAAUGUGGGAAACCACCAGAAGCCAGUGAAGGGUGUUCAAAGGUGGCAUGGUAUUUGGGACCAGGGCGGAGGCAGCAUUCUGAAGCAGUUUCAGUAGUUCAGGUUGGUAGGCUGGCCAGCAAGGCAUUACAAUAGCCCAGACUAGAGAUUAUGAGAGCUUGUAAAAGUAGCUAUGUUGCCUUCUUAGUUAAAAAUGUGGUGGAUUUUUCUGAUGUUGUGAAGGGACAAACUGUAGUUCUAGAUGGUUCCUGCAAUGUGCCGUGAGAAUCUCAGCUGGUCAAUUAAGGUCACACCAAGAUUCUUAACUGAGCAGGAAGGAGACACUGUAGAGCUUGUGACAGUGACUGGAAAAUCAGCAGAGAAACCCCUUAUCAGGAGGAACAGACGUUUUGGAUUUCCUAAGUAAUCCAGUCAUGCAGGUAUGAACUUUGGUGUUUAAAAGAGCAAAUGAGACAAAGGUAGUGUCGUCAGCACAUAUUAUUAAAUGUGUCUUAACAUUCGUGCAGUCAGCGUGUCACCCGAAAUGUCCCAAUACAGAAUUAUAAAGAGAAGCCCCCCUCCCCCCCCCCAGCUUUAAACAGGCAAACGGUGGCUUUACUGACACCAAGUGGUUGGUUCGCAUGCCCUACACUAGAAUGCAAUACAGAGGCUUGGAUUUAUGGUGUACUUGUAGGACAUUUACUUGUUUAUGUUUAAGUAAAUAGCUGCUUAAUUAAAUUGAUUUGUUUUGUCAGCAUGCCGUAUGCUGUAAACCACGGACUAUUAAGUUUUAUGAACGAGAAGUAUUUCAAAUAAAGCAAUGGAUUAUUACCGAACAUUUAUGUUAAUCCCAAAACCACAUUACCUAGAACGUUUUAAUUCGGCCAAAAACAGUAUGUAUUUAGACGUUGGAGUUUCUUAACCUGUAGAGCUUCAGAGUGUAAAAUCUAAUACUUGCUCUAAAACGAACAACAAUGGAGUAGAAUUACAAUUACAUAGGCCUAUGGCAAGUAAAAAAAAAAACGUUGUUUUUCUAUUGUUGGUAUUGGGCGAUCCCUGCUGGUUAAGUGAAGAACAUCAAGGCACUCCACUGCGCAUUGGGCAUGCAAGUACAAAAUAAAUACGUUUGUUUUGCUUCUGUUGUAAAAUGUAGGGAAGCGUGUACUAAAAUGUUCUACAGGAAAUGGAAUUAAUAAAUAAAAUAAAGCUGUAAUAUAAUUUAA